AUGGAGGCAGACACCCCGAAAACACAAAAGUCCUCCUAUGCUGCAGCUCUGUCUCAGGGGUCCCCGAUCCCCUUUGCCAUUGCUGACCUGCCCUCCCCUUUUUUAGAAGAUGGUUUGACUUCUAUUCGCAUCUCCGAGGAACCAUUUCUUCGCGGUCUUGUGAGAUGCAAGACCAACUUGAUUGGUCGAGCUUCUUCCCCAGUCAAGACUCCAGACCUUGUACAACAAUUGAAGCUACUAUGGUCGGGCCUUGAUCCCUGGACUGUGGCACCUCUAGGCAGGGGUUUUUUCAUGCUCCAGUUCAAUAACUUGGUUGACAUGCAGCGCGUUUGGUCGUCGGGGACUGUACGACUUAAUCCUGGCAUGCUCCGUUUGAUUAAAUGGUCACCUGAGUUCUCGCCAUCUACAUACACAAAUUCCUUCGCACAGGUCUGGGUGCGCUUUUGGGAUUUAGGGUUUGCCUACUGGGAUCAACAAACUCUUUUUGAAAUUGCAUCUGGUAUUGGUACUCCCCUUAAACUUGACCCUCGUACCAUGAACCGCACCGUGGGCUUGUUUGCCAGAAUUCUUGUGGAUGUAGACUUCUCGCAGCCUCCUCUUGACAAGCUCAUAAUCACUAGGGCCAAUGGUGAGGUUGUGGUGAUUGGAGUCGAAUAUGAGUCUGUACCUGACAUCUGCACCAGGUGUGGGAUAGUUGGUCAUGUCGCUGGUACUUGCCGCUCUAUGGCAUCGGUCGACCCAGUGGCUGCUAUCCCAAACGAGCGGGGAAGGUCAACAGAGCGUUCUGACCUGAAGAGAAGGAGGAACAAUCGACCACGCAAGUCACAACACAACUCAAAGCAUGGGGAUGCAAUUAGGAGACCAGUCAGAGCCAGACAACCUGAUGUUUCGCCACGGCCGGCAACCACAACUGCAAACUUAAGGCACGACGUGGAUGAUACGAUGGCUUCACCUGUUUUGAAUAAUGUCGAGAUUUUCCCAGCAGCUCCAUCUAUCACUGCAAUUCCAGCUUUCACUGCUACUCCAGUUUUGGAUGAGCCGGUGAUGCCUGCUGUGCCGGUGCAACACUCUGAUUCAAGUGAUAGCGUCCCGCCUGGAUUUACUCGGAUGGAAACGGAAUUUGAUCUCCAACCUGCUAGCUCUACGUCGACUCCCGUGGUUUCUUCAGUUGCUCCACCAAUUAUUAUGGCAGACUACAAUCAAAGUGACUACCAGAUGGGAGUUAGAACUGACCUUUUGGAGGAAGGUGAUUUCACUCCAGUCCUACACAAGAAGUCGAAGAAAUUGCUGAAGCAAAAUGAGAAAGCAAAAAUGAAAAUAAUCUCCCAUAAACCUGUGGGACGUGCUCUCCUUCGUAAGGGAGCUAGUCUCAAGCGUUUCUGA